ACUGGUUCGGCUGCGGAGGAGAGACAGCCACCGGGCUACGUUUUCACUCCUCGGCAAUUCCGACCGCCGUGGCUACUGCGCCAAGUUGCUAACUUGGGAAAUCAAUUCCGAUGAGCAGCCAGCAGAGACGUCCGCCGGACCCAGUGGCGGUGCUGAGAGGCCACCGUGCCUCCGUCAUGGACCUCUCUUUUCAUCCUUACCAACCUCUCCUGUUCACCGGUUCAUCAGACGGCGAGUUGCGGAUUUGGGAUACUAUCCAGCAUCGGACUGUAUCCUCAGCAGGGGUGCAUAAUGCAGCACAUGGUAUUGCUUCUGUUGCUUGUACUGCCAAAAGAGUUAUCAGCCAGGGUAGGGAUGGAACGGUUAAGUGUUGGGAUAUUGAAGAUGGAGGUCUGUCCAGGGUUCCAUCUGUUACAAUCAAGACAAAUUCUUACCACUUUUGUAAACUUUCCUUGGUGAAGAGGCCUCAAUCUUGUUCUACACGGAUGGACAGGGUUAGGUUUCGUGAUGGAGAGGAGAGAGGGGUGAAGGGGACUACCGAUGAAGAUACUUUGGACGACAGUAGAGACAAUGGUGAAGAGGAUCUGUCUGAACAGCCCAGCGCCUUUGAAGAAAAUACUCAAGAUGAAGGAUCGAAAUAUGUCGCUGUAGCAGGGGAGCAGACUUCUGAGGUUGAGAUUUGGGAUCUUAAUACUGCAGAAAGGUUUGCACGGUUGCCUCAAAGCUGCUCUGGUGGCUCCUCGGGUAUUUCUUCCAAGGAGAGCGGAAUGUGCAUGGCAAUUCAAGCAUUCUCACCAUCUGAAUCACAGGGAUUCCUAAAUGUCUUGGUUGGUUAUGAGGAUGGUUCCAUGCUUUGGUGGGAUAUUAGAAAUCCGGGGGUUCCAAUUACCACUGUCAAGUUUCAUUCAGAGCCAGUUCUAAGUCUAUGCGUUGAUGGGUCAUGCAAUGGUGGUAUCUCAGGAGCCGCUGAUGAGAAAGUUGUGCUGUAUAGUUUGGAUCCUUCAAUGGGUACGUGCAUGAUCAAGAAAGAAAUUGUUUUGGAACGACCUGGAAUUUCAAGCACUUCCAUUCGACCUGACGGUAAAAUUUUUGCAACAGCUGGCUGGGACCACAGAGCGAGGGUGUAUAACUAUCGUAAAGGAAAUGCUUUGGCGAUAUUGAAGUAUCACCAUGCAACGUGUAAUGCCGUUUCUUAUUCCGCUGAUUGUAAGCUAAUGGCAUGUGCAUCAGAAGAUACAACGGUGGCACUAUGGGAACUCUAUCCUCCUCAGACUUAAAACGAUGCGGUCUAUAUUGUCCUAUGGUCCCGAGUUCAAAUUCCCCUCUUUGUGCUGAGUGUAAAUAAUGUUUCUACUAAAAAAAAUAAGAGUAUUGGCGCACCAUGUAAGCACACUAGUUGAAAAACAGACGGAAUUAGCAUGACAUCCGAGAUGCUCUAAUAAAAUUAACUUGUACUGUCGAAUUUUGGUCAGUGCCUCGUA